AUGGAAGAUGAUGAUUUUAAAGAGUCCCAACCGAAGAAAAUGUGUACAGAGCAUUCAAGUCCUGAUGCAGGUGUUUCAACAUCAAUUGAAGAUGAUUCCUUGUCAACCAAUGAAAUUGAUAGACAAAAAGCUGCUAUUAAGAUAGCAAAGAUUUGGGAGGACCAAAUUGCACCCUGGUCACAUUACUUUAUUGCAAAAGUAUAUGGAACUAGCAUCACGUAUGGAGAUAUUUACUCUCUGAAAAAGAACAGCUGGGUUACUGAUAAAAUAAUGGACGCCUACCUAGAACUUGUUGCCAAUAGAGAGAUGGCAAACGGUAUAAAAAUAAAGCAUAUGUUAGUGACAACAACCAACAACAUUUUAAAUGGGGAAUAUGUUCCUGCACGGAAUGAUAAGAAUAUAUUGAUGUCUACUGAGUUCAUAAUUGGUGCAUACCACCAAAGUGGAAGUCACUGGGAUUUGUUGAUUAUAGAACCUUUAAAUGGAAGGAUUAUCUUCCUUAAUCCAAUGGGUGAAACAGAUUUCCAGAUGAGGACAGUUCCUUUAAGAUGGAAAAAAUUCAUUGAACAACUUCUACUCCAGUUUCCAGCAGAUGCUGCUGUUAUAGAUAAAGAGUGGAACCUAGAGGUACCAACUCAUUCCAAGCAACAGGACGGAUCCAGCUGUGGAAUUUAUUGCCUAAUGUUUGCAGACAAAUACCUGGCUAGAACUUCGUUACAUAUAACGCCAGCUGAAUCGAAUCAGAAAAGGAAAAGUAUUGCCCGCAGUCUGAUGAUGUUUGAAGGAUAUAUGGAAGGCUGCUGUCCUUGUUGUGGUUACCACACCAACCCAGUUGCAGAACCCUUGGUGAAGUGCAUUACUUGCUGUAAAUUCUUCCACAAGAAGAGCCAUUGUGUUGGUGAAAAUGUAGACCAACUCAACCUUACAGAGUUCACAUGUGCACUAGAUAGGGUGUAA